UUUUUUUAAUUCUCUUCUUGAAUUUCUCCUUCACUUUCUCUCUAUCGUUUCAGUUGAUUGUCAGUCGAAUUGCUCUCGCUUUUUUUUUGCCAUCUUUUAUUCUCGUUUUAACAUGCCAUGACAAGACUAAGGAACAGUCCACAUUCAUCAAGGAAAUGGAAUAGUCUUGGCUUUCACUUUGGUUACAUAUUAACAUAUACCUAUUCAAAGUUGACAAAGCAGCUUGAUAGCUCAGCCAGUUAAACAUUGCCAAAGAAAUCGCAUGUGUACUGAUGAAAUUCCUAGGCCUUCACAUCAGAAAUUCACCUACAUAAACACACGAAUUAUCCUAAAGAAAAACAAGCCAUAAUGAAACCAACAGACAUAUAUUAUUUCCUGUGUAUUGUAGCACUUAAUGCACGAGCCUCAGCAAGUCUUCAGCCGAAUGGAGUCAAUGUCUGCACCAAACAACAAAGUUUUGCCCAGAGGUAUAGAGAGUCUUCCAAGAAAAGUAUUAACAAGCAAGUAUCGUACAAAUGCCGGGCUACUGGUAAUCAAGGUCAGUUUUGGAAUGUUUACAAAACCUGCUACAAGAAUCAGGUAACCUACCAGACGGUUUACAGGGAAAUGUAUCGGGUGUCCUACAGGAAGAUCUACGUGUGCUGUUUAGGAUGGCAGCAAACUGGUACAUCAUGUACAAAAGCAAAUUGUUCUCAAGGCUGUGUUAACGGUAAUUGUACCAACCCUGAUGUUUGUAGCUGUUUGCCAGGUUACCGAGGAAAUUCCUGCUCGAAACCUUGUCCUGUGAAUCGAUGGGGUCCCGGAUGUACCAACGCAUGCCAGUGUAAAAACAAUGCCACAUGUGACAUGCGCAAUGGCUUCUGUUCAUGCGAACCAGGCUGGAUAGGAAGCACGUGCGCAGAGAGUUGUCCACAAGGUUACUUUGGUAAUCAUUGCUAUCGGAAAUGCGCAUGUCAAAACGGUGCUAGAUGCCAUCACGUGACAGGCACAUGUACAUGCAACCCCGGUUGGACUGGUCAAUACUGUGAAAGCGUUUGCAAACCGGGCAGCUAUGGCCACAAGUGUCAACACACGUGCCGAUGUCAAAGCAAUGCAACUUGUGAUCACGUGAUAGGUACGUGUACAUGCAACCCCGGUUGGACUGGUCAAUACUGUGAAAGCGUUUGCAAACCGGGCAGCUAUGGCGACAAGUGUCAACACACGUGCCGAUGUCAAAGCAAUGCAACUUGUGAUCACGUGACUGGAACAUGCACAUGUAGUCCUGGCUACAAAGGGUUAUUUUGCGAGAAGUUAUGUGGGAGUGGUUACUAUGGAGAUGGCUGUAAAGAGAGAUGUAGUUGCCAUGGAGACAAAUAUUGUCAGCCUACGGAUGGUAACUGCAUAUGUCAUGGCAACAAUUGCAAUGGAAGUAAAGCUAGCAGUGACAAACACACAGGAGACAGUGCGGAACUAAUGCUUCCCAUCGUGCUUAGCGUGUCCGUCGUCUUUGUUCUCGCCGCUGUAUUAGUGACUUGUGUCGCGUAUCGGAAAUACCGAAGCAAAAGCAGGGAACCCCAGGAAGAGCCAAAAUACGAGGUAACUGUGAAUGCAGGAUGUACAGAUGGAAAAUCUGGCAAAAGUCAAGACAACGAUUUUGUCUCUCAUAAACCCAGCUACCUGGAGUUGACACAUGUCACGCAGUCACGCGAUCAUCCCGUGUACCAAGGCUUGCUAUCACGUGACCAGCAUGAGCUCAAAUCACGUGAUAUUGGAAAAGACAACGCAGGUCAAGACGGAGGAAUGUAUCAAACUUUGAAUGUAGAUACAUCAAGGAUUUAUCAGCCUCUAAAUAAAACAGAUAUCGAUAAUGUAGCGAACAAUGCCGAGUCCCCGGUACGCUACGGUAAUUUACAGAAGGAAAAAAGCCGGGUUGAUGACAGUGAGCUUUACUUAACUAUACUUCCUGACCACGACGUCAGCGGCCAGAGUAAUGUAAUUUAUGACAACAGAUAUCAGUUACCCGAUAACAGUACGAAUUCCCCGGUACUCUACGGGAACGUGUCAAAUGGAGAAGGAAUGAUCAAUCAAGGUAGUCCACAUGAAUAUUUAACAGUGCUACCUGAUGAUAAGACUUUCAAUCAGCCAACCUAUGAAAUAUUACCGGCUACCUGACAUCCUUUCUGACUGAGGAGAGAUGAAGAAGAUUCUAUCUCACGGAAAUUUAUUUGAUCCAGGCUAGAGUUAACGACCACGUAUCAUCCUGGAUGCCUUGCGAUUUUUUAUCACUCUAAAUAGCAUGAAGUAGCCAUAAAUAUUGACGCAAAGUAUCCACAGUUACACUGUGCCUUUAAUAGAAAAUCAAAAACCUUAUUGAUUGUAUUGGCAAUCAUCAUUGAAUACAUGUUCUAUUUGAAUUCAUUUCAUCUUAUCUAUUCUUAACAUUUUAUCAAUUAUUGAAUACAUGUUCUAUCUAUUAAACUGAUGUUAUUAUUAUAAAACCUCUUGAAAUUA